GGUCACCCAGCCCAGCCUCUUUUGCAACUUUCCCAAGUCUGUGCACGAGAGGGAGAGGAGGAAAACUCAGAGGGAAGUGGCGUGGCUUCAACAGACUUUCUUUUGCCUGUCUUUGUCCCAAAGCCUUUCCCCUGGCCCUGCUGAGACCAUCGCUCUAAGAAGAGACCACCAGACUGAGAGAGGACUCCCAGCUGCCCUCAGAGCGGAGGCCGAGUGCUGCACAGCCACAGCUGCUCUGAAGCCCCUCCAUGAAUCCCCGGAAGAAGGUGGACCUGAAACUCAUUAUCGUUGGAGCCAUUGGUGUGGGAAAGACCUCCCUCCUUCACCAAUACGUGCACAAGACGUUUUACGAGGAAUACCAGACCACACUGGGGGCCAGCAUCCUCUCCAAGAUUAUCAUAUUGGGUGACACAACUUUGAAGCUACAGAUCUGGGACACAGGCGGUCAGGAGCGGUUCCGCUCCAUGGUGUCCACGUUCUACAAAGGCUCCGAUGGCUGCAUCCUAGCUUUUGAUGUCACCGACCUGGAGUCUUUUGAAGCCCUGGAUAUCUGGCGGGGUGAUGUCCUGGCCAAGAUUGUCCCCAUGGAGCAGUCCUACCCCAUGGUGUUGUUGGGGAACAAGAUCGAUCUGGCAGACCGGAAGGUACCCCAGGAAGUAGCUCAAGGCUGGUGUAGAGAGAAAGAUAUUCCUUACUUUGAAGUCAGUGCCAAGAAUGACAUCAAUGUGGUGCAAGCCUUUGAGAUGCUGGCCAGUCGGGCUCUGUCAAGGUACCAGAGCAUCUUAGAGAAUCACCUCACAGAAUCCAUCAAGCUCUCGCCAGACCAGUCAAGGAGCAGAUGCUGCUGACCUCCAGACGCCUGUUCUGGAUGCCCAGAAACAGAGCCUGCCCCGAGCCUGGUCACCCCAGGCUUGAGAACAGGUGACCGUCCCCCUCCAGCCCCACUGCCUGCCCAAGCACAGCGCAGGGGGCCUAAGCUCUGUGGCAGAGCUCUUGACCCUGGUGCUGGGCCCAGAGUCAGAGGGCAGCCCCUGGCUCAGGCUGAGUAUAGUGAGAGCGUCUGGAUGAAGCCCGGAAUGUCAGAGCCAAACCCUGGCCCUGCAGAAGUCACACUUUCCACAGUGGCUCCAGCUUUCCCCGCCCAUCCACCCCUCAAACACUCCUGCUCCAGAACGCACAUCUCUGCAGACCGGCCACUGACUGGAGUCUGGUUACAUCCUCCUGUGGACAGACCUUCCUCACCCACUCCCACCUCACACCCCUCAGCCACAAGCAAAGCUUUGUACAAUGGCACAGCUCAGCUUCCUUCAACGAGCAGACUAAGGAGUAAAGGUCUGGACCCCACGUGCAGGGCCCACAUCAGCUCCUGGCAAAAGCUGUCGUGCCUGAGACCCCCUCUGCUCCCUCCAGGGUAGAUGACUGAGGGAGCACAGGAGAAGCCAUGAGGGACCGUGGCUCAUUCCUCCUUGCUGGGUGCUCAGGCAACUCACAUAAAUCUCUGAGUCUCAAUUUGUUUAUCUGUCCUGUGGGGGUGAGAUGUGCCUUGCCUGUAUCACAGUGUGGUUUUGAGGACCAGAAGCUGUGCUUAAAUCUAGUAGCUGUUGUCAAUAUGCAUUUAUUUACUUCUUUGACAAGUAUUUUUGCAUAUCUACUAUGUACGAUGCAUUGAAGUCCAGUGACAAACAAAACAGACAGGGACUCUGCCCUCCUGGAGCCGACGUCUGGUGAGGGAGAGACACAGACUCUAGACAGAUAUUUCCAAAUAGCAGGUAAGUGCUAUGAACAAAGGGAAACAGGGUAAUGGGAUAGAGUGACAGGGGCUGGGAUGAGUUGCUAUUUUAGACGAAGUGGUCCAGGACGGCUUCCCUGAGGAGGUGGGAUUUGGUCUGAGAGCUAGAGAGUGAGAAGGCAGUUGUCACCUGAGAGCUGGAGAAAGAACAUUCCAGGGAGACGGAGCAUCAAGGUCCAAGGCCCCGAGGCAAGAACAAGCUUGCCAUUUUCCAGGAACAGUGAAAGGACAUCCAUUGACCUAAGACUCAAAGCUGCUGUCCCAAAGACAAAGCAAAGGGGACCCAGCUCCUUUGGGUGGCUCCUUGAUGCUCUGCUGCCUGACCACCAGAGGGCAGCAGUGCUCCUUCUCGUCCAGGCUGAGCAGAAAGUGGAUGCUCAUGAACGCUUUAGGAGCUGGGGUUUUGUCCUUCAGAUGCUCAAAGCUUGUUCACGGGGCACGGGGCAUGUUGGGGGCAUGUUCAGCCCUUUGGGAUUUGUGAGGCAGAGAAUUCCAAUUUCUUAAGCCUAGUAAGAAAUGAGCAAAAACUUCAAUAUACAUGACUCAGGCAAGAAAUCAGCAUCUAUGGCAAAUACUAGAAUGAGAUGCAAGAAAGCUCACAGCAGGGAGUCUCCAUCCCUGCAGAUUCCAAGUCUGGAAUCUUUUUCUUCUGGCUCCAGGCAGCACAGACAGGGCCUAGCCUGGAGAGAGUGGACAAGAUGUCCUCUCAGGGUCUUCAAUGGCCAAGUCCAUGCCCACCGCAGAAUCUUUCUGUCUAUCCAGAAGUAUCCUUUCCUGAGUUCCAAGCAGAGCUGGGGAUGUUAGCCUAUGACUGUCGUCGGACUUGGAAGGUACACCUAGGGGUCGGGGGGAGGUCAGCAGGGGAGUUUGGGAGCCAUUUCUCCCCCCACUUGGCUCUGGAGUGUGAACUGGCUCAUUCUGGACACCAGCAUGGAGCCAGCACGGGAACAGGGGGGCGGCCUAGAGCACAAGCUCUAUCUGUGUCCUUCAGAGCUCCUGGGAAAAAUGAUGCGCCCUCAUGGGAAUGGCAUUUUGCACAUCACACAGGCUGUCCUGGGAGUCAGACAGACUGGAUUGUCACGUGCGGUGUGUAUGCAGCAGCUUGUGCACUGCAGUGGACCUGUGGACCAUUUCUAAAGGUGCACAACAGAUAAUAAAUGUGUCCUUCUUUGUUUUUA